ACAAACCAUGAUAAAUAAUUUAAUUCUCGUGACACCGCUGUGUCGUCACUGAGCUGUCACUCAUGGGUUAGCCCCUCCCCCUUCCCGGCGCACCAGCCAAUCGAAUCGCUUAAAUAAUUGAUUGACAGACCUCACAGCCAAUCGGAAUCCCCCACACAACAAAUAUGACGUCUCCGCGGUGUUCUUGCACAGCGGGCGUCUCUUUCCUCUUUCCGGCGCAGUAUACUGCUGGGAUGCUGAUGCUGAGGAUGCCUCGUUGAUCUGUAGCAUCACUAGGAAUCUCAAAUGUUUCUCGCCAUGUUGUUGUACUGUCUGAGGUUGCAGCACUGUGUUGACCUCAGUCUGGCCUGUCUGCUGUUGUUUCUAGCCGGGCUGCAGCAGGUGGAAGCAGCAGCCGCCUCCGAAGAGAUGAUCAACUUGAACUGGAAGCCGUUCAUCUACGGAGGGAUGGCCUCGAUUGUCGCAGAAUUCGGGACCUUUCCUAUUGACCUGACGAAGACCCGGCUACAGGUCCAGGGUCAGUCCCAGUACACAGAGGUGCGCUACAGAGGCAUGUUCCACGCCCUCUUCAAGAUCGGCAAGGAGGAGGGCAUCAAAGCGCUCUACUCUGGGAUCUCUCCUGCUCUGUUGCGACAAGCGUCUUACGGGACAAUCAAGAUAGGAACCUACAACUCUCUGAAGAGGCUGUUUGUCACUCAUCCAGAAGACGAGACCAUGGUCAUCAACGUCUUCUGUGGUGUCGUGUCUGGAGUCCUGUCCUCGUCUAUCGCCAACCCCACUGACGUCCUCAAGAUCAGAAUGCAGGCGCAGGGCAGUUUACUCCAAGGUAGCAUGAUGUCCAACUUUAUGAACAUCUACCAGACAGAGGGCACCAGAGGGCUGUGGAGAGGUGUCAUCCCCACAGCACAGCGAGCAGCCAUCGUCGUCGGGGUGGAACUUCCUGUCUAUGACAUAACGAAGAAGCACCUCCUUAAGUCCGGCGUCAUGGGAGACACCAUUUUGACACAUUUUAUUUCAAGUUUCACAUGUGGCCUGGCGGGGGCGCUGGCCUCCAACCCUGUAGACGUGGUCCGGACCCGUAUGAUGAACCAGCGAGUUUCGUCAGGAAGCCCGAUGUAUAAAGGAACAAUGGACGGAGUGAUGCAGACGUGGAAGAACGAGGGCUUCUUCGCUCUUUAUAAGGGAUUCUGGCCUAACUGGCUUCGGCUGGGGCCGUGGAACAUCAUCUUCUUCAUCACCUUCGAGCAGCUGAAGAAGCUCCCGUUUUAACAGGAACAGGAAGUGGGACUUCACUGGUCUGUUAGACUGUGUCGGGCAUAAGUGGGUGUGAGCACGGCAGCACCUGGAGUUUAUUCACACUCCCUUCAAAUUCAUACCAAUGAUGAUCCAACACUAUAUCAGUCAUCUGCCCAUGCUCAUCCAAAUCUUAUGUUUCUCUGUUUUUUUGCGAUGUGUUUUAUUUAUUGUCACUGGUUCUGUUCUCGUACUGUUUUAAGGACUGUUGCUCUCACCCCCGACCUCCUUCGACACUCCCCAGGCAGCUAAAUGUUUGGUUGUAGCAGAAGGCUGAAAGGUUUAUUCCCUUGAGCUGAUUGGAAAGACAGAGUUUACCUCUGUGGAUUGGGUGAGUGGAAUAUUCUGAACUUUGGCCUUUUUUUAACAGACAAACAGAGAUGACACUUGUGAUUGUUUGACUACACUGAAAAAAAAAAACACAUGGGAAAUGGAUUUAUUAAUAUGUCAGUUCAGACAUGCAUGCUACACAGUUUGUGGAGUUAAAAAAAAGAAGGAAAAUAAUGUGAAAUCUUAAAAUGACUGACGUGAAGGAACCCUGUAUCUUGAAUGCAUGAAAUAUGUUCAGAUUCAACUACUGAAUGUGAGGGGAUUGCAUGGAAGAGUGAUGACAAAUUGACUGUUACAGGUAGUUACUGAACAGAAUUAAGACAGAAAGGAGGAAAUAAUGCUCGGCAGCACUCCAGAUGAUUAAUGGGUAAUCUCUAUAUGGAAAAUAUACAACGGCAUAUUAGGGCCAUUGUA